AUGGGUCGACGGCUCGAACAGCGGCUGCCGCGAUUGGCAGAGACGAGACAGACGGAGUGCUUGUGCACAAUUUCAUCCACACCAGUCUCUACCAUCCCAGAAACGACUAUCUCACCUCCUCUUUCUCCCAUUCUCCCAAGAACCUCCAGAAACCUUCCACCCUCCGCCUUCCCCCCUCCCCUCAUUCAGGUGCGCGAUUUCAUCCACACCAGCCUCUACCAUCCCACGGACGGUCAUUUCACCCCCUCUCUCUCUACCCAUUCCCCCAACUUCCCCCCCACACCUUCCACUCCCCCCACCUUCCCUUCCUUUCCCCCUCAGGUACGCGAUUUCAUCCACACCAGCCUCUAUCAUCCCACGGACGGCUAUUUCACAUCCAACGCUGCUGCUGUGGGUUCAAUCCCGCACCCAAUCAGCUUCCGCCAGCUGGCGGGGCGACGGGAGUGGAUGGCGCUGCAGCAGUCGCUCUACGCCUCUGCUGAUACCUCCUGGUUCACUCCCUCGGAGCUGUUUCAGCCAUGGUACGGCUAUGCUGUCGCAGACUUUAUUCUCUCCUCCCACUCUCCCACCAAGCCUCUUAAGUCUGCGCUUCGCGCGGAAACGCCGCCGGCCAGCCAGGAGUCCGGCCAACAGCCAAGCGCGGCGCAGAGAAGCCGGGAACCUGACGGGGGGUGCGGAACUGAGCCCUCCCCUCACGCGCGGGCUGAUACUCGCGCAGCGUCGGCGCACGCAGAGGAGCGACCUGGCCUGGGUCCGCGGCGAAGGGGGGACCGUUGGUCACCUCAAUAUGGACGUGAGUCGGCGCCCCACUCGCCCGGGCCUGCCUCACCACCUCCACGAACGUGUGCGCAGCAUGAUCGAGGGCUGGAUCAAGCUGGUUGCCAUUCCCGCCUUGCCCUCCGCCCUUCCGCCAGCCCCGCCGUCCCUCGGAACCAGCCGAAUGUGGACGCGGGGGGGACUGCUCGCGGCGACCCGAAUUCCAGCAACGACCAGGCGACCCCCUCCCCCGCGUCGCCGGAGAUCGCCAAGGAGAAUGUUGCGCGGGGGAUCGCGCUCGCGGUGAGCGCUGGCCUGCACGACCACGAGGGGAUGGGCGGCGAGGGGAGCGAGGACGUGCAGGAGAACGCUUACCCCCCUCCCCGCGCUGAUAGUGCUCGCGACGCUCAGGAGAAGGGCGGCGAGGAGAGGGCGGCUGUUGAGGGUGCCGCAGAGGCGAGCACCCGCGCUCCUGCCGCGGCUGACCGUCCGGGCGGUUCGACGCAACACGAGCAGGCGCCCACGAAUACUCUGGCGAGGCGGGGCAUCGCGGGACGAGCAACGCGGGGAAUCCGCGUAGGACGCGGCAGCCGCCGCGGACGACGAAGCAUUGAGAGAGGACGAAGAGGUGGUGGAGCACGAGGUUCGAACAGGCGCCGAUCUGGUGCAAGCGGCUACGCGAGGAAUGUGGAAAGGCUGAUGCGAAACGGCGCGGAGGGCGACGUGGAACCACUUAGCGAGGAAGCAGAGGAGGUAGCGGAGAAUGAGGAAAGUGAAGAGGGGGACCCUGCCUUUAACCCUGAAAGCGAGGGGAUGCUAGAAGCAGAGGCCGAGGAGGACGAGGAAGAGUUGGAGCUGCUGCGGGAAGCGGAGCUCCCAAACCAGCAGGCCAGAGGUGAACCUGCAAACCGAACCUCAUCCAACCCCCCCGAUGCUCAAACCUGA